GUGGAGCCUGCAACUCUUGUUCCCUUGGCCAAUCAAUGCAAAAAAGUUUUUCUGGUCGGAGAUCCAGCUCAACUACCAGCAACUGUGAUUUCAGAGGCAGCAAAGAAUCAUGGGUAUGGCAAAAAGCUUGUUGAAAGAUUGAAAGAGGCUGGCUAUCCUGUGAUAAUGUUAAAGACUCAAUACCGAAUGCAUCCUGAGAUUAGAAGCUUUCCUUCUAGAGAGUUCUAUGAAGAUUCACUGGAAGAUGGGGAAGAUGUCAAAUUCCGGACAGAACGAGACUGGCAUGAGUACUGUUGCUUUGGCCCAUUUUGCUUCUUUGAUAUACACGAGGGACAAGAGGCCCGGCCAGCUGGAAGUGGUUCAUGGGUUAACUCCAAUGAAGUUGAAUUCGUUCUGCUCCUAUAUCAAAAGCUGGUAACAUUAUAUCCAGUGCUGAAGUCUGGUAACCUUGCGAUAAUUUCUCCCUAUAGCCAACAAGUAAAGCUCUUGCAAAAACGUUUUGAAGAGGAGUUUGGAGUGUCAGCAGAGAAAGUAGUGGACAUAUGUACUGUUGAUGGUUGCCAGGGACGUGAAAAGGAUAUCGCAAUCUUUUCUUGUGUCAGGGCAAGCAAGGAGAAAGGGAUAGGGUUUUUAGAGGAUGACCGGCGAAUGAAUGUCGGUAUAACUCGGGCAAAGUCUGCAGUGUUGGUGGUUGGAUCAGCCUCAACAUUGAGGAGGAGUGAGCGAUGGAAUAAGCUUGUGGAAAGUGCUGAGAAGAGAGACGCUUUGUUCAAGGUUGGCAAACCGUAUUCUUCGUUCUUCAGCGAUGAGAAGCUGAAAUCCAUGAAGGUAAAAAUAACAGAAGCACCUCCGUUGGUGGCAGCAGCGGAUGAGACUGAUAAUAUUGUACCACUUGACAAUGGUGCGGCAGAUGCGGAACAAGAAUUACCAGAUUAUGGGGAUGGUGAUGCAGACAUGGAGUAUGCCGGUUAUGAUGAAGAUUAGUUUUGACAAUUUAGAUUGGAUUUAGAUUGUUCAAAAUCGUUAAUAAUCCUGUUUGUCCAGAGUUUUGCUUUUCUUUUCUCAGAUAUAGGUUUUACUUAUUAUAUAUAUCUUCCCCCAAGUCAAAUUCUUACCCCGUAUUUCCCCUUUAUCUAUGGGAGCUGGGAGGGCUUAGAAGAAUUGUAAUUUCAACGCUCCCCCCCCCCCCCAAAAGAAAACGGCAUGAGCAUGAGAGCAGUUCCAGUGGAUCACCAAUCAUUUAUGUAAAAAGGGAAUUGCCAUUUGAUUAUCAAAGCAGAAUAGAUCAUCCGCUUGUCAAUUCUUAUA